UGAGGGAACAAGAUUGUCUAUGAUCUAUGUACACAAUUUUAGAUCGUGGACAAUUUUACCAAGUGGGUCCAAGACCUCUUCUUCUUCUAGAGAUGAAUUUGUUGAAGAUGUUACAACUGUUACUUUGAAUGGCCAUAACGAGCGUCUAAAUGUGCUGCCCCAGCUUCUCGAGCUUGUGGAGUUCAAGCUAAGGGAAGUGAUUUCAAGGGACCCUACUCUACUUGUUUUGGUGGUUGGUGUUCCUAAUGUUGGCAAGUUGGCUUUAAUUAAUUCAAUCCAUCAAAUUGCAUCCUCUCGAUUUCCUGUGCAGGAGAAGAUGAAGCGAGCUACAGUCAGCCCAUUGCCCGGAGUUACUCAAGAUAUUGCUGGAUGCAAGAUUGCGCAUCAGCCUAGCAUAUAUGUCCCAGACACUUCAGGUGUAUUGGUUCCAAAUAUCCCUGACAUUGAGACAGGACUGAAGCUAGCUCUUGCAGUGGUAGGUGAGUGUAUUGCACAAUACUUGCUGGCAAUUUUAAAUACUCGAGGGACCCCCCUUUAUUGGAAGCAUCUGAACAACAGGAGACUGGAAGGGAUUUGGUAUGAUUCUAAGGAAAAACAUGAGUAUAACCUUAAAGAUCUUCGGCCAAAAAGGUUUAAGCCACCAAAUGGCUCUAAUAUGCUUUACGUUGAGGAUCUUGUCAUAGAAGUCCAAUGUGCUUUGUAUUUAACUCUGUUAGAAUAUACCGGUAAUGUAGAAGAUGAGAGUGACUUGGAGUCUUAUAGAGCAGUAGUUUGAAGCACUGCAGAAGGCAUUUAAGAUACCUCAUAAGGCCUCAGACUCUCAUUUGAUGGUAUCAAAAAGGCUUCUUACUUUAUUGAGGGUGAGUAAACUUGGUCCAUUCAUCCUUGAUGAUGUUCCUGAUGCAAAUACUGUCUUGAGUUGUUAGUCACUUUUUUCUUUUUUUUGGUGUAACAUUACGAUUGUAUAUGCUAGUCUCUUUUUUUCCUCCUUUUUCCCUCCUACUUUCUUGUGUUGAUGUCUCAAAGUUACUCAAGUUGUAUCACAAAGCUAACAGGUGCUUGCAUAUGUUGGUGAGUUCUUGUCACAUUUUUAAUGAAAAAUCUGCAUUCCAAUGCU